AUGGCGACAAUCGCUGCUUUCAAGCUUCCCAAUAUCCAGAACGAGCCGAACAAACACUAUGCCAAAGGCUCCGCCGAUCGGGACGGGCUUACUGCCGCCAUUGAGGCUUUCAAGAAGAAAGCUCCUGUGGAGAUCCCUCUUGUACUGGGAGGCAAGUCAGUGACCACGUCCAACGUCUUGACACAAAACAACCCUUCGUCCCGUUCGACACCAAUUGCCAAAUAUUCCAAUGCUUCCUCAGCCGAUAUCAAGCAAGCGAUCGACUCGGCACUAGCUGCGAAACCAGCCUGGGAAAGCUUACCAUUUGCCGAUCGAGCUGCUGUGUUCCUGAAAGCCGCAGACCUCAUCAGCACGAAGUAUAGAUACGAGAUCAUGGCAGCCACAAUGCUCGGGCAGGGCAAGAAUGUAUGGCAGGCAGAGAUUGAUGCUGCGGCGGAAUUGAUCGAUUUCUUCCGCUUCAACGUCAGGUUUGCAGAGGAGUUGUACAACCAGCAGCCACCAUUGAAUUCAUCUGGCGUGUGGAACCGACUCGAAUACCGGCCACUCGAAGGAUUUGUGUAUGCUGUCAGUCCCUUCAACUUCACAGCGAUUGGCGGCAACCUCCCUGGUGCGCCUGCCCUGAUGGGAAAUGUGGUGGUCUGGAAGCCCAGUCCCUCCGCGGUGGCUUCGAACUAUCUCGUUCAUCAAAUUUUACUUGAGGCUGGUCUACCGCCUGGGGUCAUUCAAUUCGUGCCUGGUGACGCUGAGGAGGUGACCAAGACUGUCCUCGACCAUCCACUUUUUGCUGCGCUUCACUAUACCGGCAGCACUGCCGUUUUUAGAAAGCUCUAUGGACAGAUUGCGCAGGGAAUUGUUGCCGGGACAUACAAGGGGUACCCACGUAUUGUAGGCGAGACUGGAGGGAAGAACUUCCAUCUGGUGCAUCGGAGCGCAGAUGUUCCAAACGCAGUGAACAACACCAUCCGUGGAGCGUUUGAGUUCCAGGGCCAGAAGUGUAGUGCUUGUUCUCGAGUGUAUGUACCGGCUUCAAUGUGGGAAGACUUUAGGUCGUUGCUGGUCACAGAGGUACAGAAACUCAAGACCGGACCUCCAGAGGAGCUUUCCAACUUCAUCGGUCCUGUGAUCCAUGAGGCAAGCUUCAAGAAGUUGUCGAAAGUGAUCGAGGACGCGAAGAAUGACGAUGACUUGGAACUGGUGUUGGGUGGGACGGUCGACGACUCCCAAGGCUUCUUCGUCCAGCCAACUAUAUACGAGACCAAGAACCCUUUGCAUCCAAAUAUGAGCACCGAAUUCUUCGGACCAAUUUUGACAGUUUACGUUUAUAAUGAUUCAGAUGCAAGUGCUUUUGAAGAUAUCUGCAAGACAGUUGAUCAGACCAGCGACUAUGGACUUACCGGUGCUGUCUUUGCCCAAGACCGAGAAGCCAUUCGGUACGCAGAAGAGGCUCUGAGGAACUCAGCAGGGAAUUUCUACAUCAACUGCAAAUGUACUGGUGCUGUAGUUGGACAGCAGGCAUUUGGUGGUGCCAGAGCUAGUGGGACGAACGACAAGGCCGGAAGUGUGAAUGUUCUGUCAAGGUUUGUGAGUGCGCGCGCGAUGAAGGAGGAGUUCUUGAGCACAGCAAGCGUGACUUAUCCUUCUAAUGAGUGA